AUGGAAAACUUCACCUCUGCCAGGAACUUCUGCUCACAAGAGUUGGACACGUUCCAGCCCCCAGCAGUCCUGGUGUCCAACAGCGCGCUGCGCAUGCUCGAGAUCGUCCUUGACCUAGUCUUCUCCAACGUGGUCGCCUGUACGGGGGUCGUCACAAACGUCCUUGACCUUGCAGUCUUCUACCGCCAGGGGUUUCAGGAUAGCGUCAACGUCAGUCUGGCUGCCAUUGCAUUAUGGGAUCUCGCCAAGUGCCUCUGCGGAGCCGCGUUUCGCCUGCACGGUUUAAUAAGUUUAUUUUCUCCUUUUACCGGUUUUAUCUGGAAAAAUCUCAGUACGCCCAAUCUGCAAAACCUGCAGCGUUUGAUUGGCUACACUUCCUACGCAAUGGCUGCUUACGUGGCGGUGGAGCGAUGCUUGUGCGUCAGUAUGCCAUUCAAAGUGAAAACCAUCGUAACUCCAAAACUUACUUUUUUAAUGAUGCUAGCAAUAUCGGUUGGAGUGUUCGGCUCGUUUGUCAUCAUGCUCUUCAUCUAUCGCAUCGACUGGGUCUGUAGCUCGGAGUAUUUUGGGAGAACCAUUGCAGUCUACAGCUACAACGACUUCUACUACGAAAACGGCGUCCAUGUUGUUACAUACUACAACAUCAUCGGCAUCCUGAAUCCAGUCAUCAGUUUCUCUAUCAUGGUCGUCUGCACCGUCAUUAUUUAUUACCAUCUGCGACGCGCUUCCGACUUCCGGAUUAAAAGCCAACAUGGCGACGCGGGCGCUUCCGGAAGGGGCAAGGAUUUGCCGCUGCAGAUGUCAGUGCGUGAUAGACAGGUGAUUCGCAUGCUCCUCGUGGUUAUUUUGGUGUACAUUGUCAACUUUGUGCCUCUGGUAGCGCAGUAUGUGGCCAAACUGAUGAUCCCCGAGUUCUACUUUCUCAAAAGGUACCACAACAGCUUCGUGCUCACCGCGUACCUUAUGUUUCUAGUAGAUCUUGUCAAUGCCUCGGUCAACUUCUUCAUCUACCUCACGAUGAGCUCCAACUUCAGGCGGACGUUUUUUGACAUGUUUUCCAAUCAUAGAAAAGGAUAG